AGCACCAAUGCCUCCCCACCAGUUGAAAAGUUAGCAGUUUUGCUUUCCACCUUCAAUACUUGAUUGAACGUCCAUUCCAUAUCACACCACGCCAAAACUUUUCCUCCUUCAUUUCAUCAUCAGUCAUCAACGGUGCACGAUUGGAGCAGCAGCGUCUCUUCUUGGAGUCUGGGUGCCACAAUUCCGUGUGAACCUUACUUUUCCAACUAUUUAGCCUGCAAAAAAAUGCAUUCUGUUCACGUCUACCUCGUCGGAUUUGGCUGCUGUGUGGUCGGAAUCUUAUUCAUCCUCCCCACCUCCACCCACGCCGCGCUCGAUUGCUACGUCUGUCGCGACUGCGAAACCACCUUUAACGCGUCCCACGUCGUCACAUGUUCGAAAAGCACGGCGCGUUGUGUCAAAAUAGUGAACGAGAACGGCGUGAUUGACCGGACUUGUGGGGACGCGAAUAAAUGUGGGGGCCGGGACGGGUAUCAGUUCCCCGCUCCACCCCCGACUCAACGCCCCCGUCGUGCCAUCAGCCAUCCGGACGGGAGGACGAGACAAAAACGACAGCUACUGGGUAGCAAGCCGACACAGAAACAGCAAGGAUUCAAGGAGCUGAGUUCGCUUCACUGUUGCAAUGAAAACGAGUGCAAUGGGUCUCCUCCGUCUCAACUUGCCUCCUCCACAGCCACCUUUCUCCUCCUCGCAGUCUCUUACCUGAUGAGACACAAUCUCAGAUUCUGAGCCAUUUUCGCUCACAAUCAUCAAUCUCAACUAGUCAUUACUUUUACUACGGAUGGAUGGUCAACCUUCAACAGUGUCUGGUUUGCAAUGGGAGAAAGUCGUCACUUACAGUGUUUCGUUUCUUGCGGGUUUGCUACAUUGCUUUCACUGAGGAGCAAGCCACGCAAGAAAUGCAAGGUGCAAGAAACUGCAAAAAAGUGCAAAAAAAUGCGCUAUGUAGCAACACUCCGUAUGAACAUAACUGCGGUAGUAGUUUCUUGCGUUUUGCAUUUCUUGCAGGUCAAAAUAGCUGCAAGAAACCACUUUCUUGCCGUUAUUUCUUCCAAGUGGUUACUUGCACCCGAAACACUGGUCACUUAUGUGUGACUCACAGGUACUAAUCAGCAAUAAUUAAUACGAGGCAUCGCCCUUCCCCUUGUCUGGAUGAGUUGAGAGUGAACUAGUAAAUAGAAUAAUUGGUUGGAUGAAUGCAGUUGGAUACCUGAACUAAACCCGGAAAUAAGUGUAAAAUAAGAAAUUGUAGGGAAAGGAGGAGGUAAAAGAAAGCUUAAAAUAUUUAAUGGCUAGUCUAGUAGAGCGUUGCAUCAGUACAGGUACAUGUAUGUGUAAUUAUGUAAGUAGCUCCAUUUUCAGUACUGCACUCCAUCGAUGUCUGUAACUACGUAUGUUGUAGGGACGUUUAUGACAAGAAUGGUAUAACGAAAACGACAGUUGACAAACGAGAGGAGGAAUGUCCUCAUGAUUUCUGUCUGGUUUGUAUUAUUCCCAAUAAACACGUUUAAAAACUAGACUUUGAGACAUUUGCUUUCUCUUAUUGUUCCAGACUAGUAUAGACUCUGUAUAUUUAUGUAGAAAAUUAGAAAAUCAUCACUAGAAGGUAAAUAAUGUAUACAAUAAAAAAAGACCGUAGUGAAAAUUUCGUUGGAAAGAUAGAAAAUUUGUUUAAUAUUUGACAAUCUAUUUUGGUAC